AUGGACGACAAUUUAGAUCAUCCCAAUCAUCAUGCUUCACUCGCAGCAGAAGGCAAAUCAAAUGACCCUGUUCGUGCCAACAGAAACCAUGAACGGCGUGCGCUUGACGCCCCUGAACUCUACGUCGAGGAGCCCAAAUACCCUGCCGCUCACACCCGGUAUACCACCGCCCCCGAGGCCAUCACUUCGGACGACAAAGAAGUCUCCUCGAGCCGACAGCCCAAUCACAUGGCACACCGCAAACUCAUCCUUGGCUGUGCUCCCAUCACCUUCGCCCUCCUCACCCUCCUGGUCAUCCUUCUCAUCGGCGCCGCGAUUGGCGGCGGCGUAGGGGGGCAUCUCGCAGCAGCAAACAAGCCCACGGCAACCAUCACCGCCACCGUGACAGCGCAACCAAACCCCACCCCCACCCCCACCACCAGCACCAUCGGCGCCUCCCGCCGCCCCACCAACACCACCACAGCCCCCACCACCACCCUCUCUCCCUCUGCCAGCCAGCCCUUCCACUUCACCCUCUACGCCUCCCCCUCGUUCGCCGGCUCCGCGCACACCGUCUCGCCCACCACCGGCUCCGCCAACGUCUCGCUCCCGUGGAGCGCACGCAGCUACGUCUGGGACCAGCGGGGCAGCGUCUGCUGCGCGCUCUUCUGCCGCGGGGGCCGCGACGUGGGGUACCGCUGCAACGGAGUGACGUAUCAGGACGACGUGAGCGGAGGAGGGGUCGACGGGGUGGCGGUGCAGUGUGGGGGGAAUGAUGAGGGGGGCGAGGCGCCGCCUGGGGGUUGGUGUGAGGCGUGA